GACACAACAAGGAAGUCAACGUUAGUCUUGACGUUUACCAAACUAUUUCUCUGCUGUACUUUCUUCUUUCGGAAACUUUACAUCUGAUAAAGUAUUUCUCGACUCCUGUCCUGCAAACCUCGGGCCCGCUGCUUGUUUGGAAAAUAAUAAUGACCGGGAAAUAGCUGUCCACUGCCGCCGCCCUGUAAUGUUUGCAGCCACGUAAACGACAAAAAAAUGUUUACAUGUUUACUGACUUGCAUUUUGUUUUUGCCAUUUGGACAUGCUUCAUUGCCUCUUGUGAUCAAUACGUGGCCAUUCGGAGAUGCGACGGCUGCAGCAUGGAGCUCCCUGCAGGCAGGUGGCUCAGUGUUGGACGCAGUGGAGAAAGGCUGUGCCCGCUGUGAGGCAGACCAGUGUGACGGCAGUGUUGGCUACGGUGGGAGUCCAGAUGAGACGGGCGAGACUACCCUGGACGCCAUGAUCAUGAAUGGUGAUACAAUGGAGGUGGGUGCAGUUGCAGACCUGAGAAGAAUCAAGAAUGCCAUCGGCGUAGCGAGAGCGGUGAUGGAGCAUACUUAUCACACACUCCUAGUGGGAGAAUCAGCUUCUGUGUUUGCCGAAAACAUGGGCUUCAUUGCAGAGGACCUGACUACCAACAAAUCCAGGAGCAUUUAUUCUCAGUGGCUGAAGGGCAACUGCCAACCUAAUUAUCGAAAGAAUGUUUUUCCAGAUCCUUCCAAGUACUGUGGACCGUACAAACCGAGGGCAACGCGGAAACCGGGCAGGCGAGCACGACGCACUAAUAUCCACUCCCAUGACACCAUAGGGAUGAUUGCUAUUGAUGAAGAUGGUCACGUGGCAGCAGGCACAUCAACCAACGGAGCCAGACACAAAGUACCAGGUCGUGUUGGAGACUCGCCCAUCGCUGGAGCCGGAGCGUAUGCAGACAGUUCCGCCGGUGCAGCGGCAGCCACUGGAAAUGGAGACAUCAUGAUGCGCUUCCUACCCAGUUACUUGGCUGUGGAGCUGAUGAGGGCCAGGGCAGAUCCCUCAGCAGCCUGCAAGACGGCCAUUUCUAGAAUCAAGAGGCAUUACCCAGAGUUCUUUGGAGCCCUCAUCUGCGCUAACGCAACAGGCCAUUAUGGUGCGGCCUGCAACAAAGUCCCUGGCUUUUCCCAGUUCCACUACAUGGUGUCAGACUCCAAGUCAAACAUACCACUCCUGAAAUCUGUUGACUGCUUUUAAAUAAUUUAGCGGUAUUGAUUAUGUUGACUCAUACUAUCCUGUGCCUGAAUUAUGUCUUUGUUAUGCAUUUUUUUUAAUGUAUACUGCAAUGUUGCUCUUAAUUCAUGAAUAAAUUUUAAUGAUCCCGUCA